AUGGCACCUCUGCUGCUUUACGCGCUCUUUGCUGCGAGCCUGCUGACCUUCACGAACGCGUACAACUGGACCGCGUUGCCGAUCAACCCUCCUGCUCUCCCCCUGGCAGUACGGACUCCUUACCUGUCUGCAUGGCUUCCACAGGGCACCGAUGGAUCUGGGAGCGGACGCGCGCUCAACGAUGAGUGGCCCUCGUUUUGGAGGUUGGAUGAGACCUUCGGAUGGGCUGGGUUCGUCAAGGUCGAUGGAGCUGCCUACUCCUUCCUGGGUAGCGUCAAUCUCACGAUCAACUUCCUCAGUCCUAUUGAGCCCGACGACCUCGUCCGCCAGUCCACCCCCUUCUCCUACAUGGCCGUGACCGCCGCGUCCACCGAUGGCGCACCGCACUCUGUGCAGGUCUACUCCGACAUCAGUGGUGAAUGGCUCGUCGGGGAUACCACACGCGUGGCGAAUUGGACGACCACGACGACUGGCGGCACGUUGAUCCACCAGGCUCAGCUAAAGGAUCAGACGCCGUUCGCGGAGCUCGACGACCGUGUGUUGCAAGGAUCCGUAUACUAUGCGCUGCAGGAUGCCGGCUCGUCGACGUAUCAGACCGGCCAAAACACUGUUGUACGCGCGCAGUUCAUCGACAACGGCUCGCUGGCGAAUACGCAGGAUACGGACUUUCGAGCCAUCCGCGAUGAUUGGCCUGUCUUCGGUCUCGCACAAGACCUGGGCGACGUCUCCACGACCGCCUCUGAACCUGUCGUCUUCGCCAUCGGCCACGUCCGCGACCCCGUCAUCAAUUACAUCCAGCCGGAUGGCACCAUGCAAGGGCGCUCGUACUACUGGCGGAGCAAGUAUGACAGUGUGACGGAACUGAUCACCGCCUUCCUCUCCGACUACCCAUACGCUCUCGCCCGCGCGACAACCCUAGACGCGCAAAUCCGCAAGGACGCAGAGGCCAUCUCGCCCGAAUACGCAGACAUCGUCGAGCUCUCGAUGCGCCAGUCCUUCGGCGCAACCGAGAUCACGAUCUCGGGCAGCGAGGGUGCCUGGAAUACGAGCGAUGUCCUCAUGUUUAUCAAGGAGAUCUCUAGCGACGGCAACCUCAAUACCGUAGAUAUCAUCAUGCCCGCCUGGCCAGUCUUCGUCUACACGAACAUCGACUACUGCAAGUACUUGUUGCUCCCGCUACUCGACUACCAGGCAUCGGGGCAGUAUCCCAAUAAGUACGCAGUGCAUGAUCUGGGCGCGCAUUACCCGGUGGCGGAUGGGCAUAACGAUGGGCAGGAUGAGCCAAUGCCGAUCGAAGAAAGCGGCAACAUGGUCAUUAUGCUUCUCGACUACACUCAGCGCAGUGGAGACACUUCACUCAUCGACACCUACAGCGAUCUCCUCGACCAAUGGGGCGCAUACCUCGUCGGCAACAUGCCCUUCCUCGCUGACCAACUUGCGACGACGGACUUCGCCGGCUCGCUGCCGAACCAGACGAACCUAGCGGUCAAAGGAAUUAUUGCGCUGGAGGCCAUGUCAGUCAUCAAGGAGAAGUAUCAGAGUGACGAGGAGGCGGCGAAGUCGUAUCAUGAUACUGCCGCGUCGUACUUGACGACGUGGCAGGAGCAUGGUAUUAGCGCGGAUGGGUCGCACCUAACGCUCGAGUACGGGAACCAUACGACCGACGUCCUGGCCUACAACCUUGCUAUGGACAAGCUCCUCGGCCUGGACUUUAUCCCAGACUCCGUGAAUGACAUGCAGUCCGCAUAUUACGCCACGAAUACCGCCAAGUACGGAUUCCCCAUCGACAGCCGAACGGCGUACACCUCUGCGCAAUGGAUGAUCUGGACAACUUUGUCGACGACCUCCGCCGUCCGCGACCAAUUUAUCACCGCGCUGCAUGCAUGGCUGACAAGUGGGAUCACGCAAGCGCCCUUUGGCGACCGAUUCCUGGAUGACACUGGGGCUAAUAGCGGCAACCGCGGUCGGCCGGUCGUGGGUGGAAAUCUGGCGCUGGCGAUCUCGCUUUUCCGGCUGCGGGUUCAGCUGUGUACCAUGGCUCGCCGUUCCUCUCUGUCUUCCGCCGAGUCGGUUAACGAACUCACCGAGGUCGCAAAGAAGGCUAUGGAUCUAGCCCUCGGCAUGGCCGCUCGCAGCUCGCCGCACCCUGAGAUACCGACCUUCUUGCUGCGUCUUUCGCGAUACCUCUCUCGCCGCCGUCCCUUCUCUAUCCUCCGAGACCUUCUCCCGCUCCUUCCGCCCCCAGGACCCAAGUUUACUAGCCACCGACUCGACCCGCAAGCACCCGUCAUACAACUUGCACGCCGCAUCAUGAUCUGCUACGGCGACCUCCUGCUCGCGAUUCCAGUCUUGCAGCCUCCCCCGUCACCUAUCUGGAAUCGGCUUUUUCUAGAUGCGCCUCUCAUCCUGGCAUGGAUUGAUCUUCUGCACCCCAUGAACAUGAACGUUCAGCCUAGCCCGAUUACAGGGGACCACGAAGGCCUUUGCCGCGAACUGCUCAAGCUUCUCUUCGCGGUCACAUGCCCUGGACCUUGGCGCGAAAUCGGCGAUGGGGCUGGUUUCCGAAGCUACCUGACCUCUACCGCUUUGCUGGACUACGCCGUCGAUUUUCUGGUCAACAUCUUUCGGUACUCGAGGAGGAUGUGCGGCGAGACGUCGCACACUGCAGUGAAGGUCCUGCAUGCCAUCCAGGACGACUACGACACGAAGCCUGGCGGAGCUCCUCUUCGCGCCUUCAGAUCCUCACUCGAUCGGGCGACCAAAGGACGCGUUCGGGACCUUUGCCGUGUAAUUGCCCGUCACGCUCAGAUUCUCGAGGCCUCGGAAACCGCCGAUCACGCAGCAAGUGUCAAAGAUUUGUACAACGUCGCGCAAUGGUUCAUCAACAGUGUGGGAUUCCCCGCGCCCGCUGUGCAUCCCAAAGACGCAACGUACAGCCUCCUACGCUCUUUUCGCCUACACAUUAUGAGGGAGGAGUGGCACACCGUCGAGAUCGCCACACUCUAUCUUCACACGAUAUUCGACGACCUACGCGAUCACAGGACGCUCGUGUGGGCCAUCAAUGCCGGCUUGUUCGACGCUCUCGUGUGUCUACACAACGCCGUCGCACCAUCGUUCCGAAGCUCGCCUGAUAUCGUUCAAAAGCUCAUUGGGGACUUGAUUUGCCACGGGUUCGUAUCUUGGCGCGUGCUGUACGCUUUUCACAAGAGGCAUCAAUACGAGCUUCGUGGGCUCGAUGUCCCGGCUGGUUCGAUCCUCGCGGCCGUGAUCACUGCCUACGAAGAGCGACGUCCCGCGCUUUGGCCCAUGCGCAUCGAAAGAGGCCAUUUGAAGCGGCGCUGCACGAAUUUCUCGUGCUCGUCACGGUCUAUGGGCACCAAUGUGCAAACAGUCGUUCGCUCAUGCGCUUGUCGCGCCGCAUUCUACUGCUCGACACCGUGUCAGAAAGAGCAUUGGUUAGCCGGACAUCGCGAACAUUGUACGGGCCCGCCCAUCGGCCAAUCGACCGCUUGCGACGUUCAAUUUCUGCUGAAUCUCUGCAAGCUCUACCUUCAGUCGAAGAAGGAGGCGAUACUCUCUGAUAUUCGCCGUCCGCCUUUCAACCGAGCAGGGCACGUCCUCAUCUGCGUAGAUCUCCGUGACCCGAAGAUAGGGCAUCGGAUCGAAGCACUGCCAGCGGGUAUACCGACGAUCCCUGGUCAACGGCUGGGAUGGGUUCGCGCCAUCUGCCAUACAGUGUACGCGCCAGAGUCUUCAGAUACGGGUGCCGUGUGUGCUGUGGAUUUGGACACCUUAGAGGAGGAUAGCGUUGAGUUGAUUACAUUGUAGUUUGUGGGUUCUC